AUGUCAACAUCAAAAGAAGUUUUUAAUAAUUCAAGUGAUUGCCAAAAUGAAUAUGAUUUAUUAUUUAAUAAAUAUAAUAAUUUAUUAUUGGGAUUAAACAAUGGAAGUGGGAGCGGUAGUAGUGAUGAAUGUUCAAGAGACUCAAAUAUUGAAUACACAAGACCACUUCAUAUUGGUGCAAUUUUUAUAAUUCUAGUUGCUUCUUUUAUUGGAACUGGUUUACCAAUUUUGGCAACAAAUAUUAAAAAAUUCCAAAUUCCAAAUUAUUUAAUUAUUUUUGGAAAAUCAAUUGGUAUUGGUGUAAUAUUAGCAUGUUCUUUAAUUCAUAUGUUACAACCAGCAGUUGAAUCUUUAUCAUCACCAUGUUUACCAGAGUCGUUUACAGAGGAUUAUGAAGCGUAUCCAUAUCUAUUUGCAUUAUUAGCUGGCAUUGUUAUGCAUUUUUUUGACUUUUCAUUUUUAUCAUAUAUUAUUUAUAAAAAUAAUAAAAAACUAAAAAAUUCAAAUGAUAAAAUUUCAACAUCUUCUUCAAAUGGGUUAACACAAAGUGGUAAUGAAUUAACAAAUUCUUGUAGUGGAGGCGGUCAUUUACAUGGUGGAUUAAUAUUAAUGAAUUCAGAAUCUUUAAAAACAAUUGAAGCUUAUUUAUUAGAGUUUGGUAUAACUAUGCAUUCAAUAUUUAUUGGAUUAACUGUGGGUGUUGUUGAUGAUAUUGGUUUAAAGUCUUUACUUGUUGCACUUUCAUUUCAUCAAUUUUUUGAAGGUGUUGCUUUAGGUUCAAGAAUUUCAGAUGCAAACUUAACUUCCCAUUGGCAUGAAGCACUAUUAGCUAGCAUUUUUUCAUUUUCUGCCCCAGUUGGAAUCGCUAUUGGUAUUGGCGUUGUUUCAUCAAUAAAUGUAAAUGGAGAAACUUUCUUAUUCGUUCAAGGUAUUUUCGAUGCUGUUUGUUCUGGAAUUCUUUUAUACAUUGGAUUUAAUUUGUUAUUUAAAGAUUUUCCUGAGGAUAUGGAGAAAACUUGUAAUGGUAAAAAACAUCAAUUCAUUUUAAAAAUGGGUCUUUUCUUUGCUAUUUGGUUAGGUGCUGGAUUAAUGAGUUUUAUUGGUAAAUAUUUAUAA